UUCAUGGGAAUAUGCGGCCAACCAAUCAUGAUUCUCCAUGCCGAUCCACCGACCAAUCACAUAGCAGGCAGGGUUCUCUUCCUGUUUGGCCGAGGGAAUCAUAUUCGAGAUCAUGGGAGGGAUCAAACAAGAGCAGAGUGAUGCAUCGAAUCAGUCCAAACCUUCACAUUCAGCAGACCAACCACAAGAUGAGCCAAAGAAGAGAGGCUGGCCAAAGGGAAAGAAAAGAAAGAAGGUGCUACCAAAUGGUCCCAAGGCACCAGUAACAGGAUAUGUCCGCUUCCUAAAUGAACGUCGAGAACUAAUGCGGGCCAGAUACCCUGACUUACCUUUCCCAGAAAUCACCAAGAGACUUGGAGCAGAGUGGACACGGUUGGCCCUGAAUGACAAACAGCGCUACCUUGACGAGGCAGAACGGGAGAAGAUGCAGUAUGCUCAGGAACUGAAGGAAUAUCAGCAGACCGAGGCCUUUCAGAUCACCACUGCUAAGAUACAAGACAAGAGGAUCAAGAAAGAGGACACUCCGUCUGUCAUCAUCAGCACUCGUUCAGAGCCAUCUAUAUCAAAGGCUUCUGACCUCACAAGCAGAUUCGACAUUCCUAUCUUCACAGAGGAGUUCCUCGAUCAGAACAAAGCUCGAGAGGCUGAGUUGCGUCGGCUUCGUAAGGCCAACAUUGAGUUUGAAGAGCAGAAUUCAGUGCUUCAGCGACACAUUAAGGACAUGUACAAUGCUAAAGAGCGCCUGGAGGCUGAACUAGGGCUGGACGAGAAGCGGACGCAGGCUCUUCACCAACACUUGCUGGCUAUCAAACACACACUGGUCAACAGUCUGUCAUCAGUCCCCUUACCAGAUACAGGUGAGACAGCAUCUCAUGGGAACUUGGACUCAUACCUGACUCGUCUCAAUGGAGUGCUGGAGGGAAACCCUCACAAGCAUCAUGCACUGCUCUCCCAGCUGUGUGAAGUCCUCUCCCAUCUGGACAGUGAGAAGUUAUGAGGAGACUCCAGCCGGAUAUAUUUCCAUUGCUGCAUCAGAGGGACACAAUAAAGGCUUGCUGGGAUUAGGUCAAAUCAGUGUCAUUCAACAGAGCAUGUGGGUAUCUCAAGGAGAGUAAAGGCAAGGUUGAAAACACUUCAAAACACCACAGACGCAGGCCCUGUCUACAUGCCUCUUCUUUAUCAAUGUGUCUAUUCAUGCACAUGUGCAUUUGUAAAUGCAAAUCUUUGUGGCGUUGAUGAGGGGUUUUAUAGUUCAGGAAUUUCAUUAAAUGUUAUGUAAUUAUAUCUUUUCAACAGUUUUAAUCAAGUCCAAUUGGUUUGACCCUUACACUUUUGCGUCGUGUCAGCAGUUACCUACAGGGACAUGACCUGUCCAAUCCAACAAGCCUAAUUAUUAGUUUACAAUGAAUGCCAGUUGGCAUUUGACGGGUGGGGAAUGUGUACGUAGUGUUAUUUAGAAUGCAUUAAAACAAAACAACUAGAAAGGGUGAAAAUAAAAUGUUGGGUUUAGAAUUUGUGAAUUUACAUUGAUAAUAUCAGGUUGUUUAAUGGACAACUCAUGUUGUUCGAACAUUAUAUAUUUGUAUUUUCUGAAAUGUUCAUUAAACCAAACUGAAAAUGUUUCAAACAAAA